GUUAGUGAAUUUCCAGAACAACAUAACUCCAGAAAAUCGGUGUUUCCAUUAGUAAAAACUCAACAGAAGAGCCUGGACUGAGUACUCGAAUUUUUUAAUGUGCUUAUAGGAAACAUUGUUUGUCACAACUGGAAUUUAAAUUAGUGAGCACAAACAUGAUGCAAAGUAUGGAGAAAAAGUUAAUAAAAUAUGUGCAGAACAGAGAUAAACCAAGUUAUUAAAAACCUUCACUGUGAAAGUCUUGAUUUUAGGAACAAGGUUUCGCUAACAGCCUACACAGUCAAAUAUAAGAUUAAUUAGCUACAUAAACAACACCAUGGAGGAACGGAUAUGGUGAUGGUGGUGCUGAUAGUGCUGCUAGUAUGCAGCUUAGCAGGGGUGUGCUGGAAACCAUUCAGCAACAAUCCUCGAAGCAGGAGUUCUGGUACCAACAGCAGGAGCAAUAGCAGAGGGUCGUCCACCAGCACCAGCCGCCCACUGGUGUACGCUGAUGCUCCACCGUCAUACGAAGACAUAUUGUCUGUAGAAGUGCUGGAGGAACCAUCUGGUGACUCUCAGGAAGACCAGGUUGCUGACAAGCAUACCUCAAAUACAGUUCAACGUCACAUAUUAAAGCCAGAUCUAGAUGAAGCUGAGUCAGGGACAUCGAACCAACACAUUUCUCCACCUCGGAGAUAUUCUCCGUUCAUCUCAGAAACUCUGUAUUCGUACGCUUCAGCCAGUGAAAUACAGCUGUCAGUGGAACAGCUGCAAAUAGAUAGACUCCCAACCUACGAAGAAGCAGUGGCAGCACUGCAGCUUGAACCCACAACACAGUAUGAAGCCAGCACCAACUAUGAUAUGGAUUCAAUGUUUAUAUGACGAUUGUUAUGUUAUAUUUUAUUAAAAUAUAAUUUUCGUGAAAUCAAGUGUCUUGAAUUCAUGUAUGCCGCCUUAGUGGCUAGCUUACUGAAGACCCCCUCCCAUGGAGGGUAGCAUGAAAGCAUACGGCUACACAAAGGAACUAGC